AUGGCACCACACACAUUCACCGAGGAGCUCCUCGCGACGGACCCCGACGCUUUCCGCCGUGCGACGCAGUGCGAGUUCCUCCGCGCCGCCGCCCUCGGCAAGAUGUCCAAGCAAGUCCUGGGAUCCUGGCUAGCCAACGACCGUCUAUACAUUCACAGCUACAUCAAGGCGAUCGGCCGUCUUCUCACCAUUCUCGAGGUUCCUCAGACCGUGCCCGAGACCGCCGCGCAGGCCGCUGCCGAGCGCGAUCCGGCGUCUAUCCGGCUGCUAGACUGGAUCGUCGCCGCCAUGGUCAACAUUCGGCGCGAGGAGAAGUUCUUCGUCGACGUCGCCCAGCGCUUCGGCAUUCAGGUCAAUCUGCCCACACGCGCCGACGGCACGGUCGACGACGCCGAGAAGUUGGACGGUCUUUGCCAAUACGAAGCUCUCUUCGGCUCUCUCGAAGCUGGGCCGGGCGACCGGCUCCCGUGGCUGGAGGGUGCCGUCCUGUUCUAUGCGACGGAGAAGUGCUACCUCGAGGCGUGGAGCUGGUCCAAGGCCCAGCUGGUAGAACAGGCCCCCGAGCAGGACGCGGACGGCGGCGCGCUGCGGACGGAAUUCAUCGACAACUGGACGUGCGCCGAGUUUGUCCAGUUUGUCAAGGAUCUAGGCAGCAUCGUGGACCAGGGCAUCGAGGAACAGGUGGCGGCGCACGGCGAGGGAGUGAGGAGUGAGCUCUUGGAGCGGGGAGCCAAGGCGUGGGCUACGGUGCUUGCGGCGGAGGAGAAGUUCUGGCCGGAGAUGCCGGAAAGCUCUUGA